AUGUCUAUCGGAGGGGGCUACAACUAUUCAUAUAUAUUUAAAUAUAUAAUUGUUGGUGAUAUGGGGGUAGGAAAAAGUUGUUUAAUGCACCAGUUCACUGAAAAAAAGUUUAUUCCAGAUUGCCCACAUACUAUUGGUGUUGAGUUCUCCACAAAAAUCAUUGAAGUAAAUGACCAGAAAGUUAAGAUCCAGAUAUGGGAUACAGCUGGCCAAGAACGUUUCAGGGCAGUAACACGAUCGUACUAUCGAGGAGCUUCCGGGGCUUUACUAGUUUACGACAUCACACGGAAGCCAACCUUCAACCGGAUUCAAACGUGGUUAACAGAUGCUAGGCGACUGACUUCCCCUAAUACCGUUAUCUUUCUUAUUGGCAAUAAGGCUGACCUCGAAGAGCAACGUGAUGUUACUUAUGAAGAGGCUAAACAACUGGCAGAUGAAAAUGGUCUUUUGUUUCUAGAGUGUAGCGCUAAAUCUGGUGCUAACGUAGAAAAUGUAUUCACCGAAACAGCUCGAAAAAUAUUCCAGAACGUCCAGGAUGGAAGUGUAUAUCUAAACAGUGUUGAUGGAGGUGUAAUAAGUAAAGGUUCAUUAACGCCAGGUACUGGACGGAAUAGUGUAGAACUUGGCAAUUCAGCUUCAACUAAUGAUGGAACUCGUCAAAGUGGGUGUGCUUGUUAAAAACAGAAUUCAUAUAUGAAACAAAAAUAAACACAAUAAAGAAAAUCCUGUUACAUUAUAGGAAUUUAUCUUUCCCGUGAUCACGAUUUUUCAUUUUAUUUUGUCCCAGAAUAAAAGUCAUUUUUCAUACUUAGCAUCAUCAUUAUCGUCAUGGUAAUUCAUAAUCGUCAUUUUCAAUAAUUAUUAUUGGCUUUUUCUUUGCAGUUCAAGUGAAUUUAUACAUAUUUUAAAAAUUAUCGGGUUUCAGACACUAUGCAUAUAUGUUGUUCACUGAUAAAGUCACUUUUUCUAGUUAAUAUCUUUCUUUAUGAGAAUAGUUUAAUUUGUACAUUUGAUCACCUUUUUUUAAUUUUCUGACCAAUAAUGUGCUUUAUAUUUUAUCACUGACGCUCUUCUCACCCUCUAUGUGUGAUCGUCAAUGUAUUUGUGUUCCACACUAUAUUGGAUCAUUGAUGUUGUUAAGUUGACAUAACAUGGCCGUCUACCUGUUUCGUUCGAUGUUGUCAUUAUUUAGUUUAUUUAAGAAAGACAUUAUUUUUAUCUUACUUCUCUCUUUACCAUUCUACUUGAUGUAAUUCAAUAACAUAAGCAUGAUUUUCUGUGUUGGCCAUAAGUUAUGUGCAAACACUAAAUUUUGUACAGAUGUCUUAACCGGAGCAAAUAUUACAUAUUACUGUGUAUGUAUUUGUGUGAUCUUCUGUAUGCGGUUGUAAAAAGAUGUGACUCUUUUCACUUUAAAUUGAGUCAAUAAUGAAAAAAAAGCAUUCCUCCUUUAUGCAGGUUUCCUCUUCUUUUCAAUAAUAAGACGAAUCAUGAGGUUAUAUAAUUUUGUUUAAGUAUGUUCUUUCUUAAUAGCUAUAUAUAUUCUAACGAUAAUUUCCUCGCACCGUUUAUUUCUUUUAUAAAGCUACUAUGUGAUACUUUUUCCACGGUACAAUGCAUAAAAGCACAAAUCUAUUUCUUAUCGGGUAAAUUGAUUGAUGGUUAAUAAUAUUUUCUAAAGAUUGAAUAUUUUACAAGCUUUUUCUUUCUUCAAUAUGGAUUGUUUCUACAACACAACUCAUAUGGUUUUUCAAAUUUCUUUCUGUUCAUUUUGUAUUUGUUCUUGAAAACUGUUUUGUAUUCUCUCGUUUUUCUUUUCCAAAAACAAUCUCUCCAUUUGCUUGCUCAUCUGUUUAAAUCUCAUUUUUAUUUUAUUCCUUAAUCGUGUUUUCGGUUUUUUCUCGUUGUUUGUCGAUAAUUAAAUUGUGUACUGAUUGAUAACGAUAAUAAUAAUCGAAACACCUAUGUAACUGCAAAUACCUUCACUUAUUUAUUUAUUAUACAUUUAUCGUUGGAGAGUUGUUUCUUUCUUCCAACAAAUGAAUAGGCAACAUUGCCAACACUUAAUUAUUUUGAAUGUUAUUUCAAGAGGUAUAUGUCUUUUUACGGUCCACGCUUACCUAAUGUAUUAUCACUGCUAAAAUAAUUUUUCAGAAAUAAUUAGUUAGAGAGACCUCAUAUAGCAUUGUACCAAUGAAGUUAAAACGUUUGGUAGUUAAGUCAUUGUAGUGAUUGUUUAUUUAUCGUUUCUAUGAUGGUAUUGUCGUUCAGUCGGUUUUAGAUCCUUUAUUGAUCUUACAUCUUUUUGAUAAGCAUGGAUGUAAAUGGUGAGCAUAUCUACGCAUUGUGAUCUACUUAACGAACUUAUGUUGGUACUAGGUGAAUAACAUUUUGAAUAUUAAAAGGUUCUUGUUUUGCCUCAGUGACAGGUAUUCUUCCAAGUUUUGCAUACUUAUUAAUUUGUGAAAUCAGCAAUUUAAAUUCAAAUAGCUCUUUCUAAAAAAAAUAAUUCAUAAGGUGAUUAUUGUUUCCAAUUUUAGCUGUAAUGUUGUUAUUUCUGCUCAUCGGAUAAAGGCUUAUUUUGAUAGUAUAUUUUAGUGAUCAUGCUUGUAUUAAAUUACUUAUGUAAUUGAAUUACAAACUUUUUAGCCUGUUGUUC